AGGCUCACUCACGCCCUCCUCUCAGCAACUAGCUUCUUGCCAGCCACAGCUGCUGCCCCAUCACUGCCCACCGCUGCCCCCCGUCCUGUGAGCCCAGACACCCAUCCCACCCGGUGGCUCCUCUGCCGGAAAGGUGGCUGCUCCCUGCAUUCCUCCAUCCAGCCAUGAACUGGUGCCCGUCAACACUGAAACUGCUCCAAAGAAUGUAGUGGACACGGGAGAAGGAGCCUUCCGGGGUGGAAACACACGGAAAAGCCUUGAGGAAGAUAGCUCCACCAGAGUCACGCCAAGUGUCCAGCCCCAUCCCCAGCCCAUCAGAAACAUGAGUGUGAGCCGGGCCACGGAGGACAGCUGUGAGCUGGACCUGGUGUAUGUCACUGAGAGGAUCAUCGCCGUCUCCUUCCCCAGCACAGCCAAUGAGGAGAACUUCCGGAGCAACCUCCGUGAGGUGGCCCAGAUGCUCAAGUCCAAACAUGGAGGCAACUACCUGCUUUUCAACCUCUCUGAGCGGAGACCUGACAUCACGAAGCUCCACGCCAAGGUACUGGAAUUCGGCUGGCCUGACCUCCACACCCCAGCCCUGGAGACGAUCUGCAGUGUCUGCAAGGCCGUGGACACUUGGCUCAACGCAGAUCCCCACAAUGUUGUCGUUUUACACAACAAGGGAAACCGAGGCAGGAUAGGUGUUGUGAUCGCGGCUUACAUGCACUACAGCAACAUUUCUGCCAGUGCCGACCAGGCCCUGGACCGCUUUGCAAUGAAGCGGUUCUACGAGGAUAAGAUUGUACCCAUUGGCCAGCCAUCCCAGAGGAGGUACGUGCAUUAUUUCAGCGGCCUGCUCUCUGGCUCCAUCAAAAUGAACAACAAGCCCUUGUUUCUGCACCACGUGAUCAUGCAUGGCAUCCCCAACUUUGAGUCUAAAGGAGGGUGUCGGCCAUUUCUCCGGAUCUACCAGGCCAUGCAACCUGUUUACACAUCUGGUAUCUACAACGUCCAGGGAGACAGCCAGACCAGCAUCUGCAUCACCAUCGAGCCCGGGCUGCUCUUGAAGGGAGACAUCUUGCUGAAGUGCUACCACAAGAAGUUCCGGAGCCCAGCCCGAGACGUCAUCUUCCGCGUGCAGUUCCAUACCUGCGCCAUCCAUGACCUGGGGGUUGUCUUUGGGAAAGAGGACCUCGACGAUGCCUUCAAAGAUGAUCGAUUUCCAGAAUAUGGCAAAGUUGAAUUUGUGUUUUCUUAUGGACCAGAGAAAAUUCAAGGCAUGGAACACCUGGAGAACGGGCCAAGCGUGUCUGUGGACUAUAACACCUCUGACCCCCUCAUCCGCUGGGAUUCCUAUGACAACUUCAAUGGGCAUCAAGAUGAUGGCAUGGAGGAGGUUGUGGGCCACACGCAGGGACCCCUGGAUGGGAGCCUGUACGCCAAGGUAAAGAAAAAGGACUCCCUGCACGGGAGCACCGGGGCCGUCGACGCCACGCGGCCCGCUCUGUCGGCUACCCCCAACCACGUGGAGCACACCCUCUCCGUGAGCAGCGACUCGGGCAACUCCACGGCCUCCACCAAGACAGACAAGACCGAUGAGCCUGCCCCCAGCCCCUCCACUGCCCCUGCUUCCCUGAGUCCCGAGGAGAAGCGUGAGCUGGACCGCCUGCUCAGUGGCUUUGGCUUGGAGCGAGAGAAGCAAGGCACCAUGUACCACAUGCAACAUCUCCGGUCCCGCCUGGCGGGGGGCCCUGCUGCGCCCUCCUCCGGCCGCCAUGUCGUCCCGGCCCAGGUUCACGUCAAUGGCAGGGCCUUGGCAUCUGAGCGGGAGACAGACAUCCUGGAUGAUGAGCUGCCCAACCAGGAUGGGCACAGCGUGGGCAGCAUGGGCACACUGUCCUCCCUGGAUGGGGUCACUAACACCAGUGAGGGGGGCUACCCGGAGGCCCUGUCUCCACUGACCAACGGUCUGGACAAGCCCUACCCCGUGGAACCUAUAGUCAAUGGCGGGGGAUACCCCUAUGAGUCUGCCAGCCGGGCAGUGCCUGCCCAAGCUGGCCACCCUGCCCCCAUGCGACCCUCCUACUCUGCACAGGAGAGUUUAGCUGGCUACCAGCGGGAGGGGCCCCACCCAGCCUGGCCACAGUCAAUGACCACCUCCCACUAUGGCCAUGACCCCAGCGGUAUGUUCCGCUCUCAGUCCUUUCCGGAAACCAAGCCCCAGCUGCCCCCAGCUCCAGCCCGGGGGGGGAGCAGCCGGGAGGCUGUGCAGAGGGGCCUGAAUUCCUGGCAGCCUCACCCACCUCCUCGCCAGCAGGAAAGAGCCCACUUGGAGAGCCUCGGGCUCAGCAGGCCCAGUCCCCAGCCAUUGGCAGAGCCCCCCAUGCCUGGCCUCCCCGAGUUCCCGCGGGCGGCCUCCCAGCAGGAGAUCGAGCAGUCCAUCGAAGCCCUCAAUAUGCUGAUGCUGGAUCUGGAGCCAGCCACGGCGGCCGCCCCACUGCACAAGUCCCAGAGUGUCCCUGGGGCCUGGCCCGGCGCUUCCCCGCUCUCCUCCCAGCCCCUCUCUGGCUCUUCCUCCCAGUCCCAUCCACUGACCCAGUCCAGAUCUGGCUACAUCCCCAGUGGGCAUUCCUUGGGCACCCCUGAGCCUGCUCCCCGGGCCUCCCUGGAGUCUGUCCCUCCUGGCAGGCCUUACUCACCUUAUGAUUAUCAGCCGUGUCUAACGGGGCCCAACCAGAGUUACCGUCCAAAGAGCCCAGCCGCCUCCUCCUCGUCUGCCUUCCUUCCAAACACCCAGAGCUCUCUGGGGCCUCAGCUGCCCCCAGUCUCUCUCCCUGGCCUCACCACUCAGCCUCAGCUUCCACCGAAGGAGGUGACUUCAGACCCAUCUCGAACUCCAGAGGAGGAGCCAUUGAACCUGGAGGGGCUUGUGGCCCACCGGGUAGCAGGGGUGCAAGCUCGGGAGAAGCAGCCUGCAGAGCCCCCAGCACCUCUCCGGAGGCGGGCGGCCAGCGAUGGGCAGUAUGAGAACCAGUCGCCAGAACCUGCAUCCCCCCGUAGUCCUGGGGUUCGCUCCCCUGUCCAGUGCGUCUCCCCAGAGCUGGCUCUCACCAUCGCUCUCAAUCCUGGAGGGCGGCCCAAAGAGCCCCAUCUGCACAGCUACAAGGAGGCCUUUGAGGAGAUGGAGAGAACCUCCCCGACCAGCCCACCGUCCAGUGGGGUGCGCUCCCCUCCAGGUCUGGCCAAGACACCUCUGUCUGCUCUGGGCCUGAAGCCCCAUAACCCAGCCAGCAUCCUGCUGCACCCCACCGGCGUCCCCAAAAGACUGAUCCGGCCAGACGAGGAUGAGGGGAAGGUGGUGACAGAGCUUUCUGAAGAGCCCCGGAGCUAUGUGGAGUCGGUGGUGCGGACGGCAGUGGCUGGGCCCCGGACUCAGGAUCCUGAGCCCAAGAGCUUUAGCGCCCCGGUUGCCCAGGCCUAUGGCCGCGAGACACCCCUGAGGAACGGGACCCUGGGAGGCUCCUUUGUCUCCCCCAGCCCCCUUUCCACCAGCAGCCCCAUCCUCAGCGCUGACAGCACUUCAGUGGGGAGUUUCCCAUCAGGGGAGAGCAGCGACCAGGGCCCGCGGACACCCACCCAGCCUCUGCUGGAUUCUGGCUUCCGCUCCGGCAGCCUGGGCCAGCCCAGCCCUUCGGCUCAGAGAAGCUACCAGAGCUCUUCUCCCCUCCUGACUGCAGGCAGCAUCUACAGCAGCCCCGACUACUCACUUCAGCAGUUCAGCUCCCCGGAAAGCCAGGCCCGGUCUCAGUUCAGUGUGGCGGGUGUCCACAUGGUGCCUGGGAGCCCUCAGGCACGGCACAGGACAGUGGGCACCAACACUCCCUCUAGUCCUGGCUUUGUCCGCCGGGCCGUGAAUCCCAGCAUGGCUGCCCCCAGCAGCCCCAGUUUGAGCCAACGCCAGGUGAUGGGUCCACCCGGAACUGGUUUCCAUGGUAACACGGUCUCCAGCCCCCAGAGCAGUGCAGCAACCACUCCGGGAAGCCCCAGCCUGGGUCGGCACCCUGGGGCCCACCAGGUUUCAAGCCUCCAUGGCAAUGUGGCCACCACUCCAGGGAGCCCCAGCCUGGGCCGGCACCCUGGGGCCCACCAAGACAACCUGGCCUCCAGUCUCCAUGGCAACGCAGUAGCCAGCCCCGGAAGCCCCAGCCUGAGCCGUCACUUGGGAGGGUCUGGAUCUGUGGUUUCCGGCAGCCCCAGCUUGGACCAGCAGGCGGCCUAUGGUGGCUACUCCACCCCUGAGGACCGGAGACCCACGUUGUCCCGACAGAGCAGCGCCUCGGGCUACCAGGCCCCUUCCACGCCCUCCUUUCCUGUGUCCCCUGCCUACUACCCCGGCCUGAGCAACCCCGCCACCUCCCCCUCGCCAGAUUCAGCAGCCUUCCGGCAAGGGAGCCCGACACCGGCCUUGCCAGAGAAGCGGAGGAUGUCCAUGGGAGACCGAGCGGGCAGCCUCCCCAACUAUGCCACUGUCAACGGGAAGGUGUCCUCCUCGCCUGUCGCCAGCGGCAUGUCCAGUCCCAGCGGGGGCAGCGCCGUCUCCUUCUCCCACACUCUGCCCGACUUCUCCAAGUACUCCAUGCCAGACAACAGCCCUGAGACGCGGGCGAAAGUGAAAUUUGUCCAGGACACUUCCAAGUAUUGGUACAAGCCCGAGAUCUCCAGAGAGCAGGCCAUAGCCCUCCUUAAGGACCAGGAGCCAGGGGCUUUCAUCAUCCGAGACAGCCACUCCUUCCGAGGAGCCUAUGGGCUGGCCAUGAAGGUGUCUUCGCCCCCUCCGACCAUCAUGCAGCAGAAUAAAAAAGGGGACAUGACCCAUGAGCUCGUGAGGCAUUUCCUGAUAGAGACGAGCCCCAGAGGAGUCAAGCUCAAGGGCUGUCCCAAUGAGCCAAACUUCGGAUCUCUGUCUGCCCUGGUCUACCAGCACUCCAUCAUCCCGCUGGCUCUGCCCUGUAAGCUGGUCAUUCCAAACCGAGACCCCACAGAUGAAUCAAAAGAUAGCUCGGGCCCUGCCAACUCAACCAGUGACCUGCUGAAGCAAGGGGCAGCCUGCAACGUGCUCUUCAUCAACUCUGUGGACAUGGAGUCACUCACUGGGCCACAGGCCAUCUCCAAAGCCACUUCUGAGACACUGGCUACUGACCCCACACCAGCUGCCACCAUCGUCCACUUCAAAGUUUCUGCCCAGGGAAUCACACUGACUGACAACCAGAGAAAGCUCUUCUUCAGACGCCACUACCCCCUCAACACCAUCACCUUCUGUGACCUGGAUCCACAGGAGAGGAAGUGGAUGAAGACGGAGGGAGGUUCCCCUGCAAAGCUCUUCGGCUUUGUGGCCCGGAAACAGGGCAGCACCACGGACAACGCCUGUCACCUCUUUGCUGAGCUUGACCCCAACCAGCCAGCCUCCGCCAUCGUCAACUUUGUCUCCAAGGUCAUGCUGAGUGCCGGCCAGAAGAGAUGAACUCCCCCGUCCCCUUGCCCGGGGCCAGGGCAGUGGGGAUGGGUAUGUGGGGAAGGGACCUGUGCAUCCUGACCAUCCUUGAAUCCAGAAGGAGGACUUUGGGCCAAUUUUGGAGAAGGAGAGAAGAAAGUGUCAUGUGGGGAGAGGGAAGUGAAUUGAGCGGGGAGGGGGAGAGAGAGAGAAAGAAGGAAGAAGACGGAGAAUAACUCGGAUUCCCCCGGGGAGAUGUUACUGCAAGACCCCCAGAGCCCCCAAAACUAACCAGGCCCGCCUAACUCCCCCUCCACCCUCUGAGAGGAUGGAACUCCUCAAGAGAGGCAGAAUGGACCUCUCCGGAGUUCCACAUUUCGGGGGGAAAUGGAAAAGCUCUUUCUUCCUAACCCAACUGCUUUGCAAGGAGAAAUCCUGUCAAGAGAAUCUUUUUCUGUCCACCUCUAGGGUAGAUCACCAAACCAAAAAGAGCCACCGUGGGACAUCCAGUGGCGGAAUUUUUGCUUUUGAAAGUAUCUCAGACCUGAGGCCCCUAAGGUCUCUUUGCUCUGCCUCUGAUGUACAGUUUGUGGGUGUCUUUAUGGGGUGUAUAUAUGGCCAUGCCCACAUCCUCACACACUGAUUUCUGUUUGCCUCUCAGCUUGAAGUAGAAACAGGUAUACUUGUCCGUGUCCCCUGUGUUUGCACACACAAGUGCAUACUGUCCAAAGAAAGUUAGAGUCGGGGGUGACAGGGCAGGAGGAAGGGGGCAUAAGCCCCCUUCCCCAGGAACACCCAGGAUCGUGAGUAAUGGACGCUCUCUUGGUCCCUGCACCUGCUCUAACAGCCUUGGGUGCCGCCAACCCCUUCUCCUCAACGGAGACCCCCACGGAGUGGGUCUGGCCACGCUGCAACGCUACCCCUGAUCUGCCUCCACCAGGAAGCUGGAGCAUUGGUUUGAGGAGAUGGGGACUUGUGUGUCCGGAGCUCUGGGGAAGAGAUCCCUCAGGAAGGGAGGCUGCUGAGCUCUAGGCACCUUCCCCGAGGCGUGUGGCCCAGC